AUGAACAGGAAGAGGAAAUGUACGCUGUGUGCAGGAGCUCUGCUGGUGCUGCUUCUGGUCCACAUGACCAAGGCUUUGGAAGUGCCUCUUGACCCUAAAGUUCUGGAAGGAUUGCCUCAGCCCCCCACCAUAAUACACCAGUCCCCCAAGGAUUACAUCAUUGACCCAAGAGAGAACAUCGUCAUCCACUGUGAAGCUAAAGGAAAGCCACAUCCUAGUUUCUCAUGGACGCGGAAUGGCACUCAUUUUGACAUUGACACAGACUCUAAGGUAACCAUGAAUCCAAACUCGGGCACACUGGUCAUCGACAUCACUGGAGAAAAAGCAGAGGCUUACGAGGGUAUUUACCAGUGCACAGCACGCAAUGAACAUGGCGCCGCUGUGUCCAACAACAUCGUCAUACGCCAGUCCAGGUCCCCCUUGUGGUCAAAGGAGAGAAAUGAACCAUUUUUGGUGCAGGUAGGCGAGUCUUUGGUCCUGCACUGUAGACCACCAGCUGGUCUUCCUCCUCCAGUCAUUUUCUGGAUGGACAACAAUCUCCAGAAGCUUCCACAGAAUAACCGCGUGUCUCAGGCCCUGAAUGGAGACCUGUAUUUCUCCAAUGUGUUAAUGGAGGACACAAGGAAUGACUACAUCUGCUACGCCCGCUUUCCCCACACACAGACCAUCCAACAGAAACAACCCAUUACUGUCAGGGUGGUGGACAUGGAUGCAAUGAAUGAGACAGUGUUGGCAGCUUAUUUCAAUGACACUGUUUUGUUUGGUGACAACCCAUCAGGAGAGCGUAAGCCUUCCUUCAUGACCCCGCCAGAGGCCAAUAGCACAACCGUGGUACUGAGGGGAGAACAGUUGGACCUGGAGUGCAUUGCUGAUGGCUUGCCAACUCCCGAAAUCUCCUGGAGCAAAGUAAAUGGUGAGCUGCCCAGUGGUCGAUAUUCCUUCCAUAAUUUCCAGAAGAAUCUGAGGAUAACGGACAUAACAGAGGGGGAUGCUGGGGACUACCGUUGCUCUGCCCAAAACCGCCUGGGCCACGCUCACCACAUCAUCACUGUUGUAGUCAAAGCCGCCCCUUUUUGGAUCGGCGCCCCACGGAACCUCAUUCUGGCACCCAAAGAGACAGGCAUGCUUACCUGUCGGGUAGGCGGCAACCCCAAACCCAAAAUCACAUGGUCUGUGAACAGCGUGCCAAUUGAAAACACACCAAACGAUCCCAACCGCAAAAUCGAGGAAGAUGCCAUCAUCCUCAGUAAUGUCCAGACUGGGUCCAGUGCUGUCUAUCAGUGCAAUGCCUCAAAUGAGUUUGGUUACCUUCUGGCCAAUGCCUUCGUCAAUGUGCUUGCUGAGCCACCAAGGGUACUAACCCCCCCUAACAAGUUGUACCAGGUUAUUACCAACAGCCCCGCCUUGCUGGACUGUGCCUCGUUUGGCUCUCCGAUACCAAAGAUCUCCUGGUUCAAAGACAGCCAGACAGUGGAUGGUGAUCAAUAUGUGAUUCAUGAGAAUGGGACAUUAGAGAUCCAUGUAGCACAGCCUGCUAACAGUGGGAAAUACACCUGUGUGGCCACAAAUGACCUGGGGAAGAGGGAAAACCAUAUCCUCCUGGAGGUCAAAGAGCCUACCAGGAUCCUGACCCAACCUAAGUACAAAGAGGUACAGAGGAACGCGAAGGUAAUGUUUGAGUGUAAAGUGAAGCAUGACCGCACCCUCAUCCCUACUGUGAGCUGGCUGAAAGACAACAGAGAACUGCCUGUUGAUGAAAGGAUUGUGGUGGACUCUGACAGCCUGAUUAUAAAUGAUGUGACAGAAGAGGAUGAGGGCACCUACACCUGUGUGGUGAACACCACUCUGGACCAGGACUCUGCCAGUGCCAUGCUCUCUGUGGUUGAGGCCACUCCAACUCCGCCAAUUGUCUACGCACGACCAGACCCUCCGACGGACCUGGAGCUCACAGACCAGCAGGAACGCAGUGUGCAGCUGACCUGGAUUCCUGGAGAUGAGCACAACAGUCCCACACAGAUGUUCAUGGUCCAGUAUGAAGACUCAUUGCAUGAACCAGGGAUGUGGCACAAUCUGACUGAGGUACCUGGGAUCAGCACCACGGCUCGGCUCCAGCUCUCUCCCUAUGUGUACUACAGUUUCAGGGUGUUGGCACUCAAUGAUGUAGGCCUGAGUGAUCCCAGCAAAUCUUCUAAACAGUACCGGACCAACCCAGCUGCUCCUGAUGAGAAUCCAUCAGAAGUCAAAGGUGUUGGAAUGGAACCCAAUGACUUGGUUAUAUCCUGGAAGGAGUUGACAGGUCUACAGUCCAAUGGACCUGGCCUUCAGUACAAAGUGAGCUGGAGACAGAAGGAUGUGGACACAGAAUGGAACAACACCAUAGUGGCUAAUGUGUCUCAGUUUGUGGUCACAGACACACCCACUUUUGUCCCAUAUGAAGUGAAGGUUCAGGCAGUGAAUAACUACGGGACUGGACCAGAGCCUGAGGUGGUUGUGGGAUAUUCUGGAGAGGACUAUCCUGUUAUGGCUCCAGAGGUUGUGCAGACAUUGGUGCAGAAUGGCACGCUGGCUGAGGUCCACUGGGAGCCUGUUCCUCUCUCAGCAGUGCGAGGACGACUUCAGGGCUACAGGGUAUACUACUGGAGGGAGAGGAGUUUGCUCCAACAGGAGCCAGAUAAAGAGAAGCAGCAGAUGCUUUUUUUCAGUGGGAAUAAGACAGAGGGCCGUCUACCCGGCCUGCACCCUUACAGCCUCUAUAAGUUCAAUGUCAGAGUCCUCAACGGCAAAGGCGAGGGUCCACCCAGCAGCACUGAGGAAAUCAGGACACCUGAGGGAGUUCCCGGACCACCUGGAUUCCUCAGAAUCACAGACCCAAACGUGGACUCUCUGACUGUCGAGUGGGGUCCACCUCCACAGCCCAAUGGCCACCUUACUGGCUAUAUACUCAGAUACCAGCCCAUUAAUGACACAAAUGAACUGGGUCCAAUGGAGGAGAUGACUCUGCCAGCCAAUGAAACCAGCAUCACACUACUGAACCUCAAAUACAGCACUCGCUACAAAUUCUACUUCUGCGCCCAGACAAACAAGGGCUCUGGGCCCACCAUAACAGAGGAAUCUGUCACAGUCAUGGAUGAAGCAUUUAUACAGCAGCCCGCAGUAGAUGUGGGUAAAGGUAAAGCAAAUCUCCCUCCUCCAAUCUCCCCUACUCCUCAGUCUCCACGCCCUCCGUCUCACAAGGUGCGCACAGUUGGUGCAGCCUUUGGAAGUGUGAACUCCUCGGUGGAGGAGGACAGAGCCGUAAUAAGUUGGGAAUAUUCGGGUCCAGAUAAGAAUGUUUAUGUGGAAUAUGUGGUAGAAAACAGUAAAGAACCGUGGAAAAAAGAAUUGGUAAACGGCACACAGACCUAUCUGAUAAAGGGCUUAAAACCGGGGACGUCGUAUAAAGUGCGUGUUGUCGCAAAAGAUCAAUCGGACAAAACGCUGCACAGCACUGAGGAACUGUUGAUUACUGUUCCAGCCAUGACAAGCAGGCAAGUGGACAUUGCCACCCAGGGCUGGUUCAUUGGACUCAUGUGUGCCAUUGCUCUGCUCAUCCUGGUCCUCCUCAUCGUCUGCUUCAUCAAGAGGAACAAAGGAGGUAAAUACCCAGUUAAAGAAAAAGAGGACCAACACCAGGAUCCAGAGAUACAACCUAUGAAAGAAGAUGAUGGAACAUUUGGGGAAUACAGGUCUCUGGAGAGUGACACAGAGGACCACAAACCGCUGAAGGGCAGCAGGACUCCGUCCAAUGGGACGGUGAAAAAGGAUGACAGUGAUGACAGCCUGGUGGACUAUGGAGAGGGCGGUGAUGGCCAGUUCAAUGAGGAUGGCUCUUUUAUUGGCCAGUACAGCGGCAAGAAGGAAAAGGACACGGCUGAGGGCAACGAGAGUUCUGAGGCUCCUUCACCCGUCAAUGCCAUGAACUCCUUUGUGUAG